AACUGCUUCUAGCAACCCUGGACAAAGUUGCGCAUGCGCUUUUGCUCUCUCCCAGGCUUAGCCCUUUUUCCCGGAUUGCCGUGCUUCUUCGGGUUCUUACUGGUAAUCGCCCACCAUGAGCCGUUUCUUUGCCACCGGUUCGGACUCCGAGUCUGAAUCGGAGUCGUCGGAGGAGGAGCAGAUUCCGCAGAAGGCAGUCGCCGUCACAUCGGCGUAUGCCUUCAGCGACGAUGAAGAAGAGACGAAGCGGGUGGUCCGCAGCACCCGUGAGAAAAGGUAUGAAGAGAUUACGGAGAUAAUCAAACAAAUCAAGAACCACAAGAAAAUAAAAGACAUGAGCAAGCUCUUAACAAGCUUUGAGAACCUCACGAAGGCGUUUCAGAAAGCCAAGAUGGUGAUAGAGAAGGAGGAAGGGGGCAACAUCCCCAAGUUCUACAUCAGGAGCCUGGUGGAGCUGGAGGACUUUGUGUCGGAGUGCUGGGAGGACCGCGAGGGCCGCAAGAACAUGUCCAAGAACAACUCCAAGUCCCUGGCGACGCUACGGCAGAAGCUGCGCAAGUACAGCAAGGACUACGAGGCGGACAUCACCAGGUACCGAGAGAACCCUGAGGAGGAGGACGAAGAGCGGGACGAGGACGACGAAAAAGACUCUGAUGAUGACGACGACAUGAGCUUCAAGAAGAAGCCAGCUGCCAAGGUCGAGAAGGAUGAACCUGCUUCCAAGUUCAUGAAGGGCGGCUCUGACGACGAGGAAUCGGAUGACGACUCCAUGGACUGGGGUUCCUCCGACGAGGGUGAGAGUUCUCUCUCCAGUGACGACGAGAAGUACGGCGGGAACCUGGCCAUCAAGUUCCUCAAAAAGGCCGGAGGUGACAAGGACGAGCAGAAGGAGCAGCGCCGGCGGGAGAAGAAGCGUGAGCAGAAGGACAAGCGCAGGGACGACGACGAGGAGGGCUGGGAGGAGGUCAAGGGGGGCGUGCCCCUCAUCAUGGAAAAGCCCAAGAUGUUUGCCAAGGAUGCAGAGAUCAACCACGCGGUGGUGCUGAAGAAGCUGAACGAGAUCCUGGCAGCCAGGGGCAAGAAAGGCACGGAUCGGUCUGAGCAGAUUGAGCUGCUCAGCGAGCUACUGACCAUCUCCCAGGCACACAACCUGGGGCCGGGCUUCCAGCUCAAGAUCAUCUUUGCCGUCGUGUCGGCCAUCUUCGACUACAACCCCAACAUCGCCACCUGCAUGAAGCACGACAUGUGGCACAAGUGCAUGGAGCAGAUCGACCUGUGCAUCAACGUGCUAACGGAGAACAGCAACAUCUCAGUCGGAGAGCACGUGGCCGAGGAGUCCGAGUCCCUGACGGCCCCUCCCUACCGCGUGCGCGGCUGCAUUCUCACCGUGGUGGAGCGCAUGGACGAGGAGUUCACCAAGAUGCUACAGGGUUGCGACGCCCACUCGCCCGAGUACGUGGAGCGUCUGAAGGACGAGAAGAAUGUGUGCCGCAUCAUUGAGCGCCUCCAGAGCUACCUCGAGGGCAGAGGCUCUGCCUCGGAGCUCUGCCGCAUCUACCUGCGCCGCAUCGAGCACCUCUACUACAAGUUUGAUGCCAGCGUGCUGGCACGCCGACCCAAGACAAGUGAGGGCGGCGAAGAGAAGGAGUCUGCAGACGCUCCAGCGGCUGAGAAGCCGGCCGCUGCCGAGCCGGCCCCAGCCGAAGCCGAGCCCACGGCCGAAGACACCAACAAGGCCCCGGCCGUGGCCCCGACAGAAGCCGCGGCUGACACCCCGGCGGCGGACGUGCCGGCCGAGGGUGACGAGGACGAGGAGGGAGUCCACCGGGCAGAGCGGGUGGCUCCGAUGCGCUCUACGCUGAACAGCCUGGAGCAGAUGGAGCACCUGUGCAAGUACAUCUACGCCAAGGACAGCACGGACCGGAUCCGGACGCAGGCCAUCCUGUGCCACAUCUACCACCACGCCCUGCACGACAACUGGUACCAGGCCAGGGACCUGAUGCUUAUGUCCCAUCUGCAGGAGAGCAUCCAGCACUCGGACGUGCCCACGCAGAUCAUGUACAACCGGGCGCUGGUGCAACUGGGGCUGUGUGCCUUCCGGCACGGCAACAUCCGAGACGCCCACAAUGCGCUGCUGGACAUUCAGAGCGGCGGCCGUGCCAAGGAGAUGCUGGCUCAGGGCCUGUUGCCCCAGCGCCAGCACGAGCGCACCUCCGAGCAGGAGAAAAUUGAAAAGCGCCGCCAGAUGCCCUUCCACAAGCACAUCAACCUGGAGCUGCUCGAGUGCGUCUACCUGGUCUCGGCCAUGCUGCUCGAGAUCCCACAGAUGGCCGCUCACGAGUUAGAUGGUCGCAAGAGGAUGAUCAGCAAGUCAUUCCACUACCAGCUACGCAACACGGAGCGCCAGCCUCUUGUUGGUCCCCCGGAGAGCAUGCGAGAGCAUGUUGUGGCCGCCUCCAAGGCAAUGCGGGUGGGCAACUGGCGGGCCUGCCGGGGCUUCAUCAUCAACGAGAAGAUGAAUGCCAAGGUGUGGGACCUGUUCCAUCAGGCGGACACAGUGCGGGCCAUGAUCGGCCAGAAGAUCAAGGAGGAGUCCCUGCGCACGUACCUGUUCACCUACUCGUGCGUGUACGACUCUCUCUCCAUUGAGACCCUGGCCGACAUGUUCGAGCUGAACCGGGCCGUCGUCCACUCCAUCGUCAGCAAGAUGAUCAUCGGGGAGGAACUCAUGGCGUCCCUGGAUGAGCCGAACCUGAUGGUGGUGCUGCACAAGACGGAGCCGUCCCGCAUCCAGGCCCUGGCCCUGCAGCUGUGCGACAAGGUCACCAACCUCGUCGAGUACAACGAGCGCCUCUGGGAGCUCAAGCAGGGCUCCUUCUUCGGACGCAACACCGGUAUGCAAGGCUUCCGGGAUGGAUACCAGAAGGAAGGCUAUGGACAGCGGGACCGCAACUGGGGUCGAAGACAAAACCAGAGGAAUUACUAGCAUGGAGGUUCUCGCGGUUUUCUGCAAAUAAAAGAUGCGGGAUAUCUGUUCUUAA